AUGCCGCCUCCAAGAAGAAAAUAUCUCGGUGGUAAUAGACUUGAUAAAACCGCGGGCAACAAAUUCAAAUGUCCUAGUUGCCCAAACUUCAACUUUGAUAGCCAUAAAAAAGUUGUUGAUCACGUAAAAGAGAUACACAAAACAACGUUAUUGGGAUUAAUAUAUCGACAAGAUUCCAGAAGAGCAGAAGACUUGUUGUUUAAAAGAGAUUCUCAUAAAGUAGAGCCAUGCAAAAAACUUGAUAGACUUAUUAAUGAGUUAACGCGUGCCGAAGAAAAAUAUCUGCCUUUAACUGAACAUAGAUAUCCUGUUAAACAAGUAUUUGCUCAAAGUCGUCAGAUCUUAGCAGAAAAAGAAAAAGUAGCAACUACAAUUGAGAAUUUACGCAAAAAGGUUGCAAAUCUUAAAAGCGAGCUUAUUAAAAAUAAUAAACAAAUCGAAUCAUUAAAUGAAAGGCAUAAAAAAUUACUCAAUUCAUAUGAAAGUUUACUGAAUAAUCAUGCUAUUCUUAAAGAAGAUUACGUAGCGUUGUUAGAAAAUAAUAGUGAUUAUUAUGCAGAACGUUGUCAUCUAUUAGUGCAAGAAAAUAGUGUAUUGGUUAAACAGUUAAGUUUUUUAUAUUAA